GAGUGUGAGGAGGAAGGAGAGAUGAAGCUAAAGUGAAAGUGUGAGGAGGAAUUAGGAAGGCGAGAUGAGGGCAAAGUGCGGUUGGCCGCCAUGAAAACUCCAAUCAGCUCGUAGUGGACUUCUAGCUGCUUCUCCAACUGCGGGGGUUCGGCACCCAUGGGACUUCGGGCUCGGUCACGCCGACGCUCAAUUUGGAGCAAAAGUGACGUCUUUGUCCGCCUUUCUUACCUGCUGGCUUUCCUCCUCCUCCUGGGAGUGUGUUUGCGACACUUACCGGAGCCUCUCCCGCUCACAAACCGCGCCGUUUCCGGCUCGGAGCGGGAGGUGACGAUCCUCAUCUGGACUCAUCCCUUCGGUCGGUACCGCCGACCUCCGGACUGCGCGGCGCUUUACGACACCGACGGCUGCGUGGUGACGGACGACCGGCGGGCUUACUCGCGCGCGGACGCCGUGGUGGUGCACCACCGCGAUGUCGCCGCCGGUAGAGCUGAGCUGCCGCCGCGGCCUCGGCCCGCCGGGCAGAAGUGGGUGUGGCUUAACUACGAGUCCCCCACGCACACGCCGGCUCUCUGGCGCAUGGAGGGCUUCUUCAACCUCACCUUGACCUACCGCGCCGACUCGGACAUCUUCCUCCCGUAUGGCUACCUGGUUCCAGGAGGGGGACACCUGGUCCCAGGAGGGGGACACCUGGUCCCAGGAGGGGGACACCUGGUCCCAGGAGAGGGACACCUGGUCCCAGGAGGGGGAGACCUGGUCCCAGGAGGGGGAGACCUGGUCCCAGGAGAGGGACACCUGUUCCCAGGAGGGGGACACCUGGUCCCAGGAGAGGGACACCUGGUCCCUGGAGGGGGACACCUGGUCCCAGGAGGGGUCCAGCAGCAGGUGCUCCAAGAACCUUCCAGAAGCUCCCGUCCCCGCCUAGUGGCCUGGGUGGUGAGUAACUGGGUGGAGUCCCACGCCCGCGUGCUCUUCUACCGCCAACUCCGCCACUACGUCCAGGUGGACGUGUUCGGCAGGGCGGGCCGCGACUUACCUGAAGGCAGCGGCAGAGUGGUCGCCCUGCUGAGGCGCUACACCUUCUACCUCUCUCUGGAGAACUCCCAGCACACGGACUACAUCACCGAAAAGCUGUGGAACGCCGUGCUGGCCGGCGCCGUGCCCGUGGUUCUGGGUCCCGGCCGGAAGAACUACGAGCGCUUCCUGCCGCCGGAGGCCUUCAUCCACGUGGACGACUUCCCCACCGUGCGAGAACUGGCCAGCUACCUGCUGGCGCUGUGGCGAGACCCGGCCCGCCUGAUGAGGCACCUGCGCUGGAGGAGGGACCUGGGUGUGUACCAGCCCGCCUUCUGGGCAGAACACUAUUGCGCGGCCUGUAGGGUGGUCAGGAGGACCCUGGGCAGGACUAACGUGGUCCAGGACUUGGCAGUCUGGUUUGAGUCAUGAUGAAAACACAUCAUACUCCCUGCUUGGCACUCAGCAGCAAGGCUUGGAGUUGGGGGUUAAAUCACCAUAAAUGAUUCCCGGGCGCUGUCACCGCUGCUGCUCACUGCUCCCCUCACCUCCCAGGGGGUAAAACAAGGGGAUGAAUGCAGAGGAUAAUCUCACCACACCUAGUGUGUGUGUGUGUGUGUGUGUGUGUGUGUGUGUGUGUGUGUGUGUGUGACAAUCAGUGCUACUUAGGGGUGUAACGGUACACAAAAAUUUCGGUUCGGUACGUACCUCAGUUUAGAGGUCAUGGUUCGGUUCAUUUUCGGUACAGUAAGAAAACAACAAAAUAUACGUUUUUUGGUUAUUUAUUUACCAAAUUUGAAAAAUCGUCCACCAAAAAUAUUUUUCUUAGUGGAAUAUUUGAUGUGAAGUAAUGGUAACCUUGGAUAGGUCAACAUUUCAUAAUAACAUUGAUUUUAAUUCAAAAUUAUGUUUUGAGCCAUGACAGUUUGAAAGAAAAAAACACAGUUUUGUUUUAUUAGUCAACAUUGCAACUUUUUCUAAAUUACAUCUAACCUUCAAGCUUUUUUAUUUCCCUUUUUUUACGUUUUUGUUUAUUUGAAUAGUAUUUUUAGAAUGUGCCGUGGGGCUUUAAAACAUUAGCUGUGGACACCCUUGCUAUAGAUAAUAAAUAUUAAAUCUAUGGGUAAAAAGCCGAGCCUGGCGACGCAUGCGUGUUUAUUAUAACUCUCUCGCUCUCUCUGUCUUUGCCCCUCCCUCACCAAUGUUGCUGCGUGCACAAAUUGUCUUGUUUUUAACCCCUUCUUAACUCUGAACGUACAUUGAAAAUACACGCAACCCUAACUUAAAAUGCUGGACAUUUGAGGCAUUUAAGAAACUCCACCCGGACAGCCCGGCAAAAGAGGACAUAUCCGGUGAAAAGAGGAGGUAUGGUCAGUCUAUUGUAGCCCUGUUGCUGCUAGCAUGCUGUGUGUUGUGCCUCGAUGUGCGUUGUUUACACAACGUGCGGUACGCUACUUAAUAUUUCCGUGUGGAAACUCGUUCGAUACACCUCCGAACCGGACCGAAACCCCCAUACCGAAACAGUUCAAUACGAAUACACAUACUGUUGCACCCUUAUAGCGACUUGAACUUUGUAACUUUAUCUUACUGGACUGUUGUUUAACCAUUGCACUUGAUGGCGCACAAUUGUGAUGUCAUCAAAAAGGGACAACACAGAAACUUUUUCCCUCCAAGGGCCAAAGUGAAAAUGUGCCAAUGGUCCGCGGGCCAAACACGGUGAUUUUUACAAGUUAUGGAAUGAGGCUUAUAUGCUACAUAUGAACAUGAUGUACAACACAUCAGCUUCAUUAGAUGGCAACUAGUUGGCUAGUACUAAAAUCUAUACAUUUAUACUAGUGUUGUCUCGAUACCAAUAUUUUAGUACCGCUACCCAAAUGUAUUCCGAUCCUUUUCUUCAUAAAGGGGACCACGGAAAAAAUUGCAUUAUUGGCUUUAUUUGAACAAAAAAUAUUAGGGUACAUCAAAUAUAUGUUUAUUAUUGCAAUUGUGUCCUUAAAUAAAAAUGUUGAACAUACUAGACAACUUGUCUUUUAGUAGUAAGUAAACAAACAAAGACUCCUAAUUAGUCUGCAGUAACAUAUUGUGUCAUUUAUACACCUAUUAUUUUAUACACAUUAUUAGUAAGGGAAGCAUCUGAAGAUCUGGGAACUAAAUCGUUACCAAUAAAUCUCUUACCAAUGGGUUUUCAAAGGUGUCUAAUAACAUGUCCUAAAAAGUUGAAAUUCAACUCCUGGGGGAAACCUCAUAAAAAACUGCACAAAGUCGGGGUACCAAUGACCAAUUUUCGAAAAUUUGAAAAUGCUUAAUUUUGCCUUAAGUAACUUGUGAGCAGUCAAACUAGGGUUUUUUUUAAUGAUCCUGAGUUCAUUUAUAGCAUUUGUUUUUCACUACAACUAUACCUUAGUGCAGGGGUCGGGAACCUUUUUGGCUGAGAGAGCCAAGAAGCCAAAUAUUUUAAAAUGUAUUUCUGUAAGAGCCAUAUCAUAUUUUUGGUAAUAACAUUGUUAUUCUGAAGCUAACCGUGGAGGGGGGGCGUGGCCUGCGGGCCUGCAUCGAAGUGAGGUGUUGCCAGGAUCAGCCUCGAAAUCAGCGACAGGUGCGUAGAUUUCCCAUCUGGGCCUUGUUAUCUAAUCACCUGCCGCUCGGUUAUAAGCAGCAGCCAGGAAGAGAGACGGGGUUGGAGCUGGAGCCAAAGCACAAGUGAGGACAAAAGACAAAAAGACAAUUGGUGGAAAGCAACUGAAAGACUUAUUGAAAAAUAAAACAAUAUUGUAACCCUGAAACAGGCUCUCAUGUUGGUGCUUGGUGGUCUGAAGAACCCCCAGGAGGGCAAGCCCCACACUAACCAAUAGUAAAUAAAUAACUUCCUACCAUUAACGCAACUUCUUAAACAGGUGUGGUAGAAAACGGAUGGAUGGAUUAAAAAUGCAUGAGAAUGUUUUAUAUUUUGAACAUUAUUUUUAACACUGUGAUUACAAGUGGAAUUAUUCAUUAUUUAUCGUGUUAAGUAAUGUCAGCUCAGAUUUAUCCGAGAGCCAGAUGCAGUCAUCAAAAGAGCCACAUCUGGCUCUAGAGUCAUAGGUUCCCUACCCCUGCCUUAGUGGAAAAACUGCCACACCCUUUCUGCAUUUAAAUAAAGUUGCAUUUAUUACUAUUUGUUUCACUUUAGUCAGACCAAACAGUGAUUCCCUUGUGGAAUGCUUUAUGAGUCAAUGUCUGCCUCUGAGUAUUCAUCAUAAAAUGCCAUCAUCAUGAAUAGCAUUCUUGCAGGUAAUGCCUUGACAGACUCCACAAGCUGAGAUGCACUUGACGCUAUUCUUUUUGCAGCUGCAUCGCCGGCUGCUGCAAUCUCAAUGGCAAUUCCAGCUUGUGAACUGGAGUAGCUCUUCAGGAGCCAUGGGGUCUAGAGUUGGAACUGGCUCAUAACCAUGAACACCUAUUGUCCAUCCAUAGUCACUGGGGUCCAGAGACAUGCUCUGUAGAAGGAGCCAGACCCCGACUUACCAUGAAUUGAUUAACGUGGACCACGACUUAUACAAGUUGAAAAACUUAUUGGGGUGUUACCAUUUAGUGGUCAAUUGUACGGAAUAUGUACUGAACUGUGCAAUCUACUAAUAAAAGUAUCAAUCAAUCA